GCCCCAUCAUUGGUGUCAGUGGGAGGAAUAGUGCCCCAUCAUUGGUGUCAGUGGGAGGAAUUGUGCCCCAUCAUUGGAAUCAGUGGGAGGAAUAGUGCCCCAUCAUUGGUGUCAGUGGGAGGAAUAGUGCCCCAUCAUUGGUGUCAGGGGAGGAAUAGUGCCCCAUCAUUGGUGUCAGUGGGGGAGAAUAGUGCCCCAUCAUUGGUGUCAGUGGGAGGAGGAAUAGUGCCCCAUCAUUGGUGUCAGUGGGGGAGAAUCGUGCCCCAUCAUUGGUGUCAGUGGAGGAAUAGUGCCCCAUCACAUUGGUGUCAGUGGGAGGAAUAGCACCCCAUCAUUGGUGUCAGUGGGAGGAAUAGCGCCCCAUCAUUGGUGUCAGUGGGAGGAAUUAGCGCCCCAUCAUUGGUGUCAGUGGGGAGGAAUAGCGCCCCAUCAUUGGUAUCAGUGGCAGGAAUUGCCCCAUCAUUGGUGUCAGUGGGAGGAAUAGUGCCCCAUCAUUGGUGUCAGUGGAGGAAUAGUGCCCCAUCAUUGGUGUCAGUGGGGAGGAAUCGUGCCCCAUCAUUGGUGUCAGUGGGAGGAAUAGUGCGCCCCAUCAUUGGUGUCAGUGGGAGGA